AUGGUCGAUGCUCCAUUUGAGGUGGGCGAGAGCUCCAAUGGACUCUUAAGCCACCAACUCCACUCGUACAACUUCUUCAUUCAAAAGGUGUUUGAUUCCUUCGGCGAGAUGGUUGUGGAGCCCUGGUUUGAUCCGGCGAAGCACAAAUACCUUGGUUGGAGAUACGCCUCAGUGAAGUUUGAGAGCAUGACUUACUCAUCAAGGGUGAAAGUAAGCGUCCAACUUCAUAGUUUGCCCCUAGCUACUCGGAACGACCUAAGUAAUCUCAGAAAGCGUUUACUCAAACCAAAUACAAACAAUUUAGUUUCCAGAGAAGAUGUGUCGACAACAUUGGGAACAUCCGUUUCUCAACAGCUCAACAAUAACGAACCUACACAUGGCCGUAUUAACUGCUACGCAUGGGAGCAUAACUUUCUGCUAAGAUGGGGUUCACAAAGCAGGAAUGUGGACAAUUUGAGAGUGAGACAGUAUCGCAGUUGGGAUGAUAUUAAAAUCGCUGGACGGGUUCGAGACCAGAAGGAGCACGGUAGGUCAUCUAAAAAUCUCAGUUAG